ACUCAGACAUGAUCUCGGCCGUAGUCCUCUUCAUUUCUGCAAUAACUGUCUCGAAUGCUUGUGUACCAACAUCAACUCCAACUACCACAACUCCAUGUUGCUCAAUGCUCUCACAAUCGACAUUACCUCGUAGAAAUCCUACUAUCACCACACAACAACAAUGCUCCGUUCUUCAAAGAGUUUCAUCCACGUGCCCAGUUGAUGGUAUUGUUAUUUGUGCUGCUGCACAGGAGACAAACCCCGAUAAUAUUCUCAUCGAGUUUAUCAAUUCGGCGGGAGUUGUUGUGAGGUCUGCAAAUGCCGCCGGAUCCCCAGCAACUAUUCUCUCAGUUAAGGUUGUCUGUAUUAAUGGAGUUUGGAAGGUUCCAACAACAUCAGCUGGUACCACUUAUGCUGAUAUUGCGACUGUUUCCUGUUCUCAAUCCGGAUCCACUGGAACUGACUUGGGAUAUGUAAUGGGAACUGCUGUUUAGUUAUUUUGUAAUAAUAUUUUAAUUAUUUAAUAAUUAAUAAGUUUUGUUAAUUAAAAAAAACCUUGACAAUUUGACAUCAUAAAAUGACUCUCAUCAAAAUUUUAAUAAAUUAUUU